AUGACGUACACCGCACGAAGACCUGUCAUACCGACCUCCGUUGCAUCCAUUCCCUGUGCGAGCCUAGGCACUACUAAGCUCUUAGAUCGCCUCAACGCUACCCUUGGAACCUCAUACACCUUGGACACCCCAUCCCUGUCCUCUCUUCUCGAAUCCUGCAUCUCGAAUGACUACGACUUCGGUACUGCAUACGCCCGACUCCGUCCACAAUGGCUCCGCGACCUGAUGACUAUGCAGGAUGAACUACGCACCCAAGAAGCUCGGGAUCGAGAGAUGCGGGAAAAGGCCCUUGUUGGUAAACGGAUCCUCACCCCGUUCAUGCCACCUCGACGCCCAUGGGCAAUAUCGCAUGCUUGGAUGGACAUUACGGAUCGCAUCAACGUGCAGACACCCAUCAACGGAUACGAAUGGCCCGUACCCAUUCCGAAAGACACCAGCCUGGAACUCAUUCGGAUCGAGAUGCUGAAUUUAGGAGCAGAGUAUGUGUGGUUGGAUGUUCUCUGUUUGAGACAGCAAGGCGGGCCCAGGGAGGAUCUGCGUGCGGAUGAAUGGAAGCUCGACGUGCCAACUAUCGGACACGUGUAUCACCAAAACCAGAUGGUGGUGUACUACUAUAGUGGUCUGGGGAGGGCUUUCAGUUUGAAGGCAGGCGACUUGGAUAGUCGUCGUUGUUGGUUUAAUCGAGCGUGGACGUUGCAGGAGAUCAGCGAGAAUAGCAUUAUUGGCGGGGAUACGGAUGACGGUCCGCUGAAAGCCAUGCCGAUUGACGAGGAUGGGAAUUUUCAACUGGGGUCCUUGAAAGACAUUGCGCAAGAGGUCUAUAACGUGUUUAACACGCUGGCGCACAUGCGAAAUCGGGCAUCGGAGGGUGCUAUAGAUAAGAUUGCCGGGAUGGCCUUCCUUCUGCGGUCGAAGACGAUACCAGCCUAUUACGAGACGCAAACUGUGGAGGAUGCCUGGACCGAACUGGUGAAUGCGAUGAGGGAGCAGUAUCGGGGGGAUAUGCUCUUCUUGUAUCCUGCACCUGGGAACGGGAACAGAAUGUGGAGACCGUCGUGGGAUCAGAUCUUAAAUAUGGAGCUUCCGUCAACAGGCGGCAUCUAUCUGUACGAGGAGCUUUGGGACCUUGGGGGGGACACUUUGAAUUGGUAA